AUGCCCUCUUUCGAAGCAUUGCCCACGGAAUUAAAGGUUCAGAUUCUAGAAGAUGUCUAUCGAACAGGAACGAUGCGAGACUUUACGAACGCAAUGAGGGUCAAUAAGGAAUGGAAUGCAUUAGGAACGCCCCUGCUGUGGACCUAUGUCGCGAUCAACAACCAAAGUAGCCUUCCGUUUAUUCGCUCCUUGAAGGCUGCUCGACGCAGUACGGGAGAGCUGGUUCGCAACCUGUCGGUUCUCAUCAGCCCAAUACCACCAGGCGCACUCUUCCCUGGUAAUAUCUAUCUAGUUAUAGUAUCGGAGCAGCUAGCUUCCUUGAUAGAAGCAAAGCUAGGUGGUCUAACCACCUUUUCGUACCAGAUCGCACCAUCAGUCGCGUAUUCUCUCCGCUGGAACCCAACCGAUAUACGUUACGAUUCGAGAAAAGCGGACAUACAGGUCAUUCCUCUUGAACUGGUGGCGACUCUGCUUGAUUCUCUGCCAUCAUCAUGCUCAGAAUUGGAGCUCAGGACUUGGGGCCACGAUUUCAAGGGGUCUGCUGAUUGGGAUUUGGACCAGCCAAAGGGUAGCAAUAGUAUGUGCAAGGCCUUGGACAGGCUAUUACCUCGUCUCACACACCUUCACCUGGAAGGACAAAACAUCUCACCAUUCGUGUUUGAAAGUCUUGUCAGAGGGCCAACGCUUCCACUUCUGGAAAGCCUCUGUCUCGGGACUGCAAAAAUGAUCGUUGCAGACCAGGAUCUUGUACAAUAUGCGAAUUUAGGUCCGCAGUACGCGCCUGAGGUCGUCGAUAAUCAACCGCCACUCGCGAGAUCAGUUCUCAAGCAAUUACGAUUGCAGAACAUUAUCGCACGAGAGCUGCGCUCCUCCUACGAAUCUGGCCGUUUCCCAUCAAUCAAGGAUCUUCAGCUUCAGCAACACGGGAUGAAUCCCCGAGACAAAAUGUGGCGCCUGAACGUAGUCGACAUCCUCGAAAAACGCAUCGAAGUCACACCAACGGCUGCAAUAAGGCUGCAUUUCAGUUCAAGAUAUGGGACUGGAUCUGAGGUGGACCACGAUUCCCCCUUGAUUCUGAUCAUGGGGCGCGAUGGAGAACUCAUUCUCGAGACCGAGGAUGAGUUCUGCAGCCGUAAAUCUAAUUCCUGGGUCUCUAGUACGACAGGUACCCGAAUCCCUGCUGGCAGGAAAGUUAUGGGAGAUAUCACGAAACAUGGCUUUCAGUGGAUCGACAUGCUCAAGAUAUGCAAAAAUCGUAAGAGGUUUAUAGAAUGGAUGAAGUCUGAAGACAGCGAGAUAGCGAAGACUUUCGAUGACUCGCUCGAUGUUUUGGCCCGUGCACUUGGAGUUCCAUACGUAAUCAAAGGCCUUCUAGAGUGGUACGACUAG